CAGGCGGAAAUGAGCCGACAGCGUGACACGUGGCAUUAAGUUGCCACAGCCCAUUCUAUGGAUUUGAUUUCUUCCCUAAUUCAGCCCACCACCUUCCUCUCCUUUCUUCGCAUGCAGCGCAAGGAAAAAGCACCCUAAACACCCAACAUGCCGGUGGCAAUCUUCAGGUCCACCCACAAAAAAAAUAGCAGGAAACAAUUCCUAUUCCUAUUUAAGCCUUGUUUGCAGAAGAAGCAUUUGUAGCAGCAGCUAUGGAGAAGUCAAGGAAGCGUAGCAGGGAUUUUCGGAUUGACAAUGACUUUACAGCAGAAGAAAUGGAAGCAGUAGAUGCUCUGCUAAGGCUUUGCCAUUUGGGUUGCUUUUAUGUUCAUUGGGCAGUCAAAAGGAGGCGAUCUGCUAUUGCUAGAGAUGUCUUUAAUGAUACCCAAAUUAAACACCAAUUCACAUUGCCCAACAAAAAUCCCUUGACGGCGCUUGGCUUAUGGGCAGGUGGGCUGCGGCCGUCUUCAAAGGAUAUGGCUGUAAAACAUGUAUCGCGGAGAAGGCUGCCUAAGAAAAAGACCCAUAAGGAAUUGAAAGAAAUGGUGAACACUCUCUUAUCAGAAAAGAGUAGAUUGAAAAAGGAGGAAGAGCAACUGAUGAAAACUUAUCAGGAGCUAAAAAAGUGGCACUAUCAUUUAAAAUCAAAGUUGGCAGCACGCCUUGAUCAAAGACAAGAGCAAAAGCUGCUCUCCACUCCCCAGCCAACAUCAUCUGAUAGGGGUUCAAGCCAUGGUACAAAAAACUUUGUUUCUCUUGAUGAUUCAUUUGACCAAAGACAAGAGCAGAAGCUGCUCUCCACUCCCCAGGCAACAUCAUCUGAUAGGGGUUCAAGCCAUGGUACAAAAAAUUUUGUUUCUCUUGAUGAUUCAUUUGACCAUUUUGUUGGCACAGUUGGUUUAGAACUGAAUGAUGAACCUCUGCAUGUUGGAGUGUUUGUAUUCACAUGAACAUGAACUUUGAGGUCUGAAAAUGGGGACUUGACCUACCAAGGAUCCCUCCUAUGUUUUAGGCCUACCAGAUUUGAAUGCUCAUAGCAACACUAUUAUUUAGUUCCAAAUGUUUUCCAUGAAGAAAUGCUUCGAAAAAGUUGUCGUUCCUGCUGAAGCAAGGAGGCGGCGAAUAGAGCUUACAAGAGUCAAAUUUGAUGUGUGCAAAAAACUUCAGAGCUCUGUGAUUGGAAUCUAUGAAUACAAGUGGGUUAGUCAAUCACAGGUAGAAGAGCAGGAGCUACAAGAUGGAACCAUCGUUUGAAAUUACAGCAUGCCUUGAUCAAAGCGAAGAGAAAAAGCUGCUCUCCUCUUCUGAGUCAACAUCAUCUGAUAGGUGCCCAAGCCAUGCUACAACAACUUUUGUUUUUGUUGAUGAUUCAUCAAGGCAUAACAAACACAACUCAUGACCAUUUUGUUGGCACACAGUUUUAACUCUGUGUUUGAUGAACCUCUAUAUGUUGGAGUGUUUGUUUACCCACAUGAACUUGAGUCUUCAUUUGGGUCUGAGGAUGGGGACUCUUCAAGACCUACCAAGGAUCACACUGUCAGAUUUGAAUGCUCAUACCAAAGUUGUGUGAUAUAAUUCCAAAUGGUUUCAAUGAAGAAAUGUUUCUUUCAAGGAACAAAGUUGCUAUUGUUGCUGAACCAAGGAGGCAGCCAACAGAGCUUACAAGAGUCAAAUAUACACAAAUGUGUAAAGUUCGGUCAAGGUGAAUAAUGCAAGGGCUACUCUGUACAACAUUUAAAUUUUAGAUGUCAAAUUUGAUGCAUGCAAAAAAUUUAAGAGCUCUAUGAGUGGAAUCAUAAAUACA